GUCGGCCGGCCAAGCUGAAUUUGAAGCCGCCACCAUGGGCGCCUGUCUGGGGGUUUGUUCCCUGCUCAGCUGUGCAUCCUGUCUCUGUGGCUCUGCCCCCUGCAUCUUGUGUGGCUGCUGUCCCUCCAGCCGCAAUUCCACCAUCAGCCGCCUUGCCUUCACCUUCCUCCUGUUCCUCGGAGUCCUGGUGGCCAUCAUUAUGCUCAGCCCUGGGGUGGAGAGCCAGCUCUACAAGUUGCCCUGGGUGUGUGAGGGGGCCCCCUCCACCUUGGGGGUCCAGGGCCACGUGGACUGUGGCUCACUGCUGGGACAUCGGGCUGUCUAUCGUGUGUGCUUUGCCCUGGCUGCUUUCUUCUUCUUCUUCACCCUGCUGAUGAUCUGCGUGAAGAACAGCAAGGACCCCCGAGCUGCCAUCCAGAACGGGUUUUGGUUUUUUAAGUUCCUGCUUCUUCUGGGCAUCACCGUGGGUGCCUUCUAUAUCCCCGAUGGCUCCUUCACCAAUGUCUGGUUCUACUUUGGUGUGGUCGGCUCGUUUCUCUUCAUCCUCAUCCAGCUCAUUCUGCUGAUUGACUUUGCACACUCUUGGAACCAGCGCUGGCUGUGGAAGGCCGAAGAGCGUGACUCACGGUGCUGGUAUGCAGGCCUCUUCUUCUUCACCUUCCUCUUCUAUGGAAUCGCCAUUGCUGCCAUAGCCCUCAUGUACAACUACUAUACCCACUCAGAAGGUUGUGUUGAAGGCAAAGUCUUCAUCAGCCUUAACCUGAUCUUCUGUAUCUGUGUCUCCAUUGUGGCUGUUCUACCCAAGAUCCAGGAACUCCAGCCAAACUCAGGUCUGCUCCAGGCCUCUGUCAUCACGGCCUACACCAUGUUUAUCACCUGGUUAGCUCUGAGCAACAUCCCUGACGAGAGAUGCAACCCUAACCUCCCAGUCACCAACACAACUAGCUUGGAAUCUCCUGAGAUCUACACUACACAGUGGUGGGAUGCACCCAGCAUUGUUGGCCUCAUCAUCUUCUUCCUCUGUACCAUCUUCAUCAGCAUCCGCUCUUCUGACAACAAGCAUGUGAACAGCCUGAUGCAGACGGAGGAGAGCCCAUCGAUGCUGGAGGGCCAGCAGCAGCAGGUUGAGGGCCAAGCCUAUGACAAUGAGCAGGAUGGGGUCUCCUACAGCUACUCCUUCUUCCACUUCUGCCUCUUCCUAGCCUCGCUCUACAUCAUGAUGACACUCACCAAUUGGUACCGGCCAAAUGAUAUCACCAGGAAGAUGGUCAGCACCUGGACUGCAGUCUGGGUGAAGAUCUGUGCCAGCUGGGCAGGGCUCUUCCUCUACCUUUGGACCCUGGUUGCCCCACUCCUUCUGCCCAACCGAGACUUCAGCUGAGACCAGUCCAGUUACCCAGCACUGCUACUCCCUGACCAAAGAUGCCUUGUUGCCAAGGGACAGAUGACAUCAGUCUCUAUUCUAGUCUGGUUCCCAUGAUCUUUCCCUGCCCCUUACCUUCUCUUGACCUUUUGUAAUGGAGCUACCCAUCCUCUCCUCCCCACUCUUGCCUAAAUCUGGUGUGGAAAGAGGGAGGGAGAAGUAUCCUCAAAGCUAGAGGCCAUUGGACUGGAUGAUUUCUAGGUACCCUUUCAACUCUAACCCUCUGAAUGAGUUUGAGCGUCCAUAUCUGGUUGAGGUUGGAAUUCAUGGCUCCUUUCUUCUUGGUGCCUUGGGGGCUUGGAUGGGGCUUGGAGGAGUCAGGAUGUGGGUUUUGGGGGCAUGCCACUACUUGGAGCUUCGAAACUGUUCCUUCUGCACCUCCUGCCCUCUCCUUCUCUUCCCCCACCCCUAAUUUCCCCCCUACACCCCUUGAUUUUAUAACUUUCAACUCUACUCCAAUAUAGGUGUCCUACCUCAAUGUGGGGUCAGGACAGGACAAGUUUGAGUCUCACAGAAGAGCAUGGGACAGCUGAGCACAGGGAGGUUCAGGAAGGCCACAGUGCUGGGAGGAAACGUUCCCAACACUGUGACCAGUCUGGCUCCUUUGUUCUUCAUCCCACGUUCCUCCUUUCCUCUUCUCCAUUCCUGGGCUUGAUGAACUUUAGGAACCCUUCCAUUUUUUAAUUUUUAAAGACAACAUAAUAAUAAACAUCCAGUGGGUGUGCCUUACCAAGCUCUUUGCCUUUGUCCAUCUCCUUGGACUCCUGGCUUGUGCCUUUUGUGCCCAAUGGGGCCAUGUCUAGCUGGAUCCUCAGCUCUCUGCCUGCCUCACUACCCAUCCAGCUUCAGGGAACUGGAGCUGCUCUAUGUACAGUCCUGCCAAGCUCUCCCCCUAAUAAAGGGGAGGUAGAGGGCCUCAGCUUCCUGAAGACAGGUACAACCGAGCUGAGAAUUAGCCCUGAUAAUCAAUCCUUCCAUGUCAGUAUUGGUACUUAGGCAGCCUGUGUGGAAGCCUAAGAUGGCAGCCUUAGAAAGGGGCACAUACUAUCCUUGACCAUCUCUGUUCUUUCUAAGGCUACUAAGAUGUGAAGCAAAAGGGCCCAACCAAACCCAACUUCCCCUUCCUGUUCCUGGU